AUGUUAGCUGCUAACGAAGAAUCCAUGAAGGCUACAUUGCAGGGUGAGCCCGAGCAAGCUUAUGUGGAAGAGUUGUCGAAGUUAGAGCAACAAGUUCUUAGCCAUAAGCUUCAUGAUUGCCCCGCGCUAGAUGUUGUAUCAUCGGAAGCCAUUGCUAAGCAGGCAUCUGAGCAAGCAUCUGAUGUUUCGUCAUCUGAGGGUAGUCCUUUUUGUAUUCUUUGGCGCCAUCUUUUUCAUUCUUCCCUUGUUUCUCUCUCUGGCGAACUCCUCGAAAACCCCACCGUCGACAAUUCGUCGCCUCCCCCUCAGCUCCUCGACGUCCUCCUCCGAUAUCGUCGUCCCGUCGUCGCCUCCCCCACAAACCCAAAACCCAGCGAGCCGACCGUCUUCACGGGGACGGAAUAUUCCGCUAUCCGAACCACCGUCGCCCUCGCCGUCUGGCUUGGCGCCUUCUACUUCAACGCCGCCGCCGUCCUCAUCGCCGUAUUCCUCCUCCUCCGCCUCGCCGUCACCGUAUUUGGGUUGCUGUUUCUGUUCAUGGUGAUUCCGUUGAAUGAUAAGAACAAACGGGGAAGGAAAUUAUCGAGGUUUAUUUGUAAAUAUGCGUGUGGGUAUUUCCCAAUAACUCUUCAUGUGGAGGAUAUUAAGACCUUUGAUCCAAGCCGAGCUUAUGUGUUCGGGUACGAGCCACAUUCGGUAUUACCUAUUGCUGUAUGCGCGCUUGCUGAUCACACUGGUUUCAUGCCAUUGCCAAAGAUCAAGGUCCUUGCAAGUAGUGCUGUGUUUUACACACCAUUCUUGAGGCAGAUAUGGACAUGGUUAGGGCUGGUUCCAGCGUCCAGAAAGAAUUUUUACUCGUAUCUGAAAGCUGGCUAUAGUUGCAUAGUAGUGCCUGGUGGUGUUCAGGAAAUUAUCCAUAUGGACCAUAAAUCUGAGAUAUGGUGAGGAAGAAGGUGAUGAGGAAGAAGGUGAAGAAGGAGAAGAAGAGGGCUUGAGUAAAUGUAUAGGGAAGGAGUUGAAGAAGCUUCUGCAGUGUCAUAGCCGUUGUAAAUAAUUUAUGUAAAAGUUUGUAAACAAUUUAUAUAUCUCUUUACUAUUUUGGUGAAUGUAUUAAUUGAAUAUAAUGGGAUUUGAUAUUGGAAUAUAAUUAGAUUGUGUUGGAUAUGAAUAUAAUUUUUUGUUGUU